AUGAAGCUCCGCAGCAAGGCAGCCGCGCUGCUCCUGCUCGCGCUGGCCGUGCUGCUGCUGGCGCUGCUGUCCUUGCGCGCCCGCCGCGACCCGGAGCCCCCCGGGUUCCCCGAGCGCCCCGAGGCUGCCCCUCAGCGCCGCCCCGCGCCGGUCCCCACGCGCCCUCCGGAGCCCCGCGCCUUCCCCGGGGCGGCUGGCCGGCGCUCCCCCGGGCGCCGGGCCCCUCGUCCGCGCCCCCGAGCCGGCCGCCAGCGCGCCGCCAGCCGCGAGAAGUUGGCGAGGAGGCCUGGGGAAGCUAGGAGUUUGCACUCCCUACCACCCGAGCUCUGGAUUCACCUGGCCGUGGUGGCUUGUGGAAACCGGCUGGAGGAGACGCUGGUCAUGCUGAAGUCAGCUGUGCUCUUCAGCCACAGGAAGAUGCGCUUUCACAUCUUCACGGAAGAGGCUCUGAAGCCAGAGUUUGACAAACAGUUGCACCAGUGGCCUGAUUCAUAUAAAAAGAAGUUUGAGCACAGACUCUACCCCAUCACGUUUUCUGUCGGAAACCCUCAGGAAUGGAAGAAAUUAUUCAAACCCUGUGCUGCCCAGAGACUCUUUCUUCCGGUGAUCUUAAAGGAUGUGGACUCACUUCUCUAUGUAGACACUGACGUCCUCUUCCUGAGGCCCGUGGAUGACAUCUGGAAGCUUCUGAGGCAGUUUAACUCCACCCAGCUUGCGGCCAUGGCCCCGGAGCAUGAAAUCCCCAAGAUUGGCUGGUACAGCCGCUUUGCCCGGCAUCCUUUCUACGGUUCGGCAGGGGUUAAUUCAGGGGUUAUGCUUAUGAACUUGACUCGAAUAAGAAGUACCCAGUUCAAGAACAGCCUGAUUCCAACGGGCCUGGCUUGGGAAGACAUGCUGCUCCCGCUGUACCAGAAGUAUAAGAAUGCCAUCACGUGGGGAGACCAGGAUUUAUUAAAUAUUAUUUUUUAUUUCAACCCAGAGUGUCUCUACGUGUUCCCCUGCCAGUGGAACUACCGCCCCGAUCACUGCAUGUAUGGAAGCAACUGCAAAGAGGCCGAGCGAGAAGGCGUGUCUGUUCUGCAUGGCAACCGUGGCGUCUACCACGAUGAUAAACAGCCCACUUUCCGAGCGCUUUAUGAAGCCGUCCGGGAUUUUCCCUUUCAGGACAAUCUCUUUCAAUCCAUGUACUACCCCCUGCAGCUGAAGUUCCUGGAGACGGUGCACACCCUGUGUGGACGGAUCCCCCAGGUUUUUCUCAAACAGAUCGAGAAAACGAUGAGAAGGGCUUACGAGAAGCACGUCAUCAUCCACAUGGGCCCCAACUCCAUGAGCUGA